ACUAGCAUCUCUGCUGCAAGAAAAUUACUGCUACUGGGGAUUAGACAGAAGAUACACUCAGGCUAUGAGGUUAAAGCAUGGGAGGAUCCAUGGAUUCCAUCGAAUCCCGCCAGGCCAGCUGCCCCCAUAGCUCCUGUGAUGAACCCCAACAUGAGAGUAAGCGAUCUUAUUGACCAGGGAGUGAAGGAUUGGAAUGUGGGACUAUUGGAGAACUAUGUUCAUCCAGAGGAUAUACCACUUAUAAGGAGUUUGGCCAUAAGCUCAACUCAUCGUCGAGAUACUUUCUGCUGGAACUUUACAAGGAGUGGCCAAUACACGGUUAAAUCUGGAUAUUGGGUGGCGCAGAAUUUAUUGAAGUUAUCGGAGGAGAAGGAAGUUUUGGAGCCAAGUAUUACGAAACUGCAGGGCUUUGCGUGGAAAUUGAAGGCCCCUACGAAGAUAUGUCAUCUUAUAUGGCAGUUGUUGACUGGUCAUGUGGCAGUAACGAGGAAUUUAGUUAGACGUAAUAUGAGGUGCGACAACUAUUGCCCAAGAUGUGGAGAAGCAGAGGAGACAGUCACACAUGCAAUCUUCGAAAGCCCACCAGCCCGUCAAGUAUGGUCUUUAUCUUCAACUCCGACGUGCCAAAUAUUUUUCCGGUAUCGAGCGUCUACACAAACAUGGAUUAUCUGUUCUGGAGGAAAAAUAGUAUCAUGGAGCAAGAGCAAGAUAGGGAUCCUUAUCCCUGGAUAAUAUGGUUCAUUUGGAAGGCUAGAAAUGAAAAACUCUUCAGAGGAAUAGAUAGAGAUCCUCUGGAACUGGUUAGACAUGCUGAGAGUGAAUGCCAGGCAUGGUUUGAGGCUAAUGAAGUGGUACAAGCUGCGACACAGGACACCAUGAAUGAGGAACCCCAAGCCGUAUGUUUGGGAAAUAUUUGUCUAUUAGAUGGAUCUUGGACUCUCUCAGCUAACUUCAGUGGAUGUGGAUGGACAUGGAUAGAUAGCUCUGGGAAUAUUCAGCUUAUGGGGACAAAAAAUAUCACUCGACGGGAAUCGGCCUUGCAUUCGGAGGUAGAAGCUCUGCGGUGGGCGAUGGAGAAUAUGCUGCAGCACUCGACCUGCCAGAGCUUUGGGACAUACUGUAAGGAACUGAUUGCUAUGGUUAAGGAUCCCCAGGCGUGGCCAAGCUUUGCGACGGAAUUGGAGAGAAUAGAGACGCUACAAAUCUGCUUCACGGACUUCAACAUCACUUACGUUCCACGAGCGCAUAAUCAGACUGCAGAUUUUUUAGCUAAGACUGCUAGAUCUUUCCGUAGAGAGUUACACUUUGUUGGUUGUUCUAUUCCGGUCUGAAUUUUUAUCAUAAUUUUGAUAUCAUAUUCAUAUCAUAUUAAGUAGUAAUUAUAAAAAUAUUAUAUAUUAAUUAUCAAUUGGAUUUUGCUAAACGGAGCUUGGAUACUUAAUUAUUAGUCCGAUCACGUAAACCAUAAAAAAUUUUGAUAAUCUAAUAUCAAUCUAAAUACUCCCUGCA